AUGUAUUCUCAAUAUUGGCAGAACAAUCCACCCGCUGAUAAGUGGUUGAUAAAGAUUAUAUGUACGAAAACAGCGUUCUCUUCCAGGGCGACUUUUGAUCUGUUGUGCAACGUUUCCUCUUUCAUUGUCGUACAAUUGAGAUUACCCCUUUCAAUGAAUGUUUCCUGUUUCAGGUACACACAAAAUGGCGAUUGAGUACUGCUACACGAUUCCAACGAUCGAAUAUCCUCCACCAGGCGCAGAUGUUCCAGCUGAACCUUCUCCCAACUUCCCAAAGGAUGGAGUUACUUCCUAAAGUAACUUUGAAAAAAAACAAUUUUAUAAAAAGUUCAAAAUUUCAGAAACAUCAUCGACAAAACGCGUAA